CUCCUCUUUCGUUAUCGUAUCCUUUCUUGUAGCAUCGCUGGCCCAUGAAAAUGUCGCCAGAACUGCCUGAUGAGCUUCUGCUCAUGAUUGGGGAACAGCUUCAUUGUCAACCUUCGCUGGCUGCUCUCUGUCGAGUAUCAAAGCACUUUAACCGUCUAUUCAAACGAAUUCUCUAUAGAGAGAUUGAUGUGCGUCGUUGCUCUCUGGAUGAUGUGACAAGAAUAUACGAGAGCCCUCUGGUUCGCUACAUGCGACAUCUAGGUCCGUAUUCCUUCCGUAGGGGUGAUACCAUAGAGGAGAAUGUCGCACUGCUGGAGGCGAUAAUAUCAGCCAUGCCCAAAAUGAAAUCUUUGCGGUCCUUCAGCACUGGUGGACAAUUCCUUUGUCUACUUUGUCAUGACACCAUGAACAACCCAAUAUCUUUCGUCCAGUUCCUACAACUUUUGGCUGAACUGGAAACCAUACGGGAUCUUGAUCUCAACGCCCCAUAUCUGAGAGCGAAGGAUGUUAUUCCGCAAUUCCACAAUCUUGAAAGACUAUCGGUGGACCUGGACCGCAAGCUUCUUGGUUAUGAAAAGAUCGAUGACUAUCUGUCUGAAAUGUUGCUUUCAUCUCCAGAGCUCACUCACCUCAAACUCUACUCCACCGGUGACGACCAAUACCAUAUACCAAACGGCUUGAUGUGCCUCAUCAAGACCUAUGAACAGAAGCGUCAACAGCGGUCUUUGCCCGUUCUAAAACUGACAAAUUUGGAACUGGGAGAAGGAUAUGUUCCCUACCGUGGCUUGCAUAUAUCAUAUGGCUAUGGACCUGAUUACUUGUCAAAGCUCACGGAUUUGACGAAUUUACGCUCCCUUCGCCUAUACAAUGAAUUGUAUUACCGGGAGGAUGAGAAUGAAGCAACCUGGAGUGGAAUUAAUCCGCAGGUAUUUGCCAAUGUCACCCAGCUGCAUCAUUUAGCCGUUUCCGAGUAUACGGGGGACAUUGGAGAAUUGGUUAUGCUUCCAAAUUUGAAGAAUACUCUAUCAGAGAUCCAAAUAUCUCAGUAUUAUACCCAAAAGUGGAACGGCGAGGACAAUGAUCCCAUCUCCUACUUUCGGAAGGCUGGACCGCCACUGAAAAAGCUCAUCCUGGGCUGCCCAGCGGGAAGCAGCCCCGGUGAAGCUAUCAAUGUCAUCGAAAAAGUCAUCCUAAAAACGCCCCAGAUAGAACAAUUCGCAACCUCCGUCACGAUGCAAUCUUAUGCGCUGAUUAAGGAUCUUGUGUUGCCCAGUUUGCAGAACCUGACUGCAUUUUUUAUCACAUCGAAUCUCGGGGCUUUGAGUACAAGUGGACGGCGCCAUCAUCAACGGAAAAUGUUACAGCAGAAAGAGAAUGCCCGUCGUGCAAUGGAGAUAUUCCAUAUAAAUCGAUCUCUGGUUUCUGAAAAUGAGAACUUCCAAGCACUGCGCUAUGUGGGAAUUUACAAGCAAAUCUUCACCUGCCGUCCGCUUAACCCGCAUUUCGAAAGCAAAGAUUCUGAGGAUGUGUUUGCGGUCGAAACCCGUGACACAAAUGGGAAAUCUGAACUCGCAUAUCACAAAGUAACUGAACUAUCGCAAUGCGAGAAGCAAGAUUUCAGUGACAUCAUUUCCAUGAUCGAUUUGCCAUAACUUAUGUUUGCAUCUUUACUUUCGGCGUUCAUGUGAAGAUUUUUAUUGCAAAGGUUUGACUGCCUGGAGCAGAUUCAUGUACAUAAGAAAAGCUCUUUUCUUUCC